UGCGGGACCCGCUGUAAGAGAUGCGGCCUUGGUAAUCAGCUGGGCCGGUUUGUGCUCGUGUUCAACUGCGACGCGAAACGUUCGACUUCCUGGCCAUGGGCCGUAUCUUUGCUGGCUUGUAUCAGGUCGGCGCUUGGGGCUGCUUUGACGAGUUCAACCGUCUCGAGUAACGCAUGCUGUCUGCCGUCUCGCAGCCGAUCCAAACCAUCCAGGAGGCACCCAAGUCAUCCACCGAUAUGGCAAUCUUCAUCACGAUGAAUCCUGGACGCUGGUCGUUCCGACCUACCGCACAAUCUCAAGAAUCUGUUCCGCUCGCUCGCGUCGCUGAGUGACGUCUUCCCGAACGUCGGUUACACCCGGGCCGAGAUGAAGGACCUCGAGGACGAGAGCCGCAAGGUUUGCGCCGAGAAGUUUUUGGUGCGCGGCGAAGAGCCUCCUCAAGGCGGCGCCUGGGUGGAAAAGCCCGACAUGGACUCGUACGGAACGCAGCGCGUAAUCUCCUUCCUGCAUCAACUGGUGGAACACAAGGGCUUCUACCGUGCCGGAGACCAGUCCAGGGUUUAGCUCGAACGCAUCCAUCAA